UCAUUAAUCUAACACAACACAAAAUGUCUUCGUUUUCGGAUCCAAACCUUGUGAAAAAGCUGGGAGAAUUGAACAAUACACAGCAAAGCAUCCAGACUUUGUCAUUGUGGUUGAUUCAUCACCGAAAGCAUGCUCCAUCAAUCGUUAAAAUAUGGCACCGUGAACUGAUCAAAGCACGACCGAGCAAGAAGUUGACAUUUAUUUACCUUGCCAAUGAUGUCAUUCAAAACAGCAAAAAGAAGGGACCAGAGUUUGCCAAAAACUUUGAAACUGUCUUACCAGAUGCUUUCACUAAUGCCUCAAGGGGUUCAGAGGAGAAGACAAAGCAGUCUCUAGAGAGAGUGCUAAGUAUCUGGCAAGAGCGUGGUGUCUACGACAAGCAUUUUAUCCAGAAGCUGAGACAUUCAUUAGAUGGAAAACCAGAUGUGCCUAAAGUUGAAAAAUUUGAAGAAAAACCUAUUUUGUCUGAAAAACCAGGCAAGAAGAGUAAAAGACAGAUAGAGCCAGAAUUAUCUUUGCUUGAGGAGGUGGAAUCCAUGCAAGCACAUAUAAAUGCUGAAGCUGUUGAUACAGAAGAACUGGUUAAGCGUCUCUCUGAUCUUGAGCACUCAGCGUCUUGUGAUGCAAUUGUGCGUGAAAAAAUUGCUGCCCUUCCCCCAGAAGUGUCUGAUAUCGGCCACGUAGACAAAAUUCAAGACAGAAAAGCAGCAGAGCAUUUAUCACGCCAGGUCGAUGAGGCAUGCGUUUUACUGGCAGAAUACAAUACACGGCUUUCAGCAGAGCUUGAAGAGCGGCGGAAAGUGGCAUUGAUGCUGAGGGGUUUUAUAAACCAGGUCAAAGGUCAGAUGCAAGAUACAGAGAAACAGUUACUGGACUACAGGUCAAAACUUGCUCGAGUAUCUACUGUGAGGCAAGAGCUAAUGUCUCACAUACAGAAUCUACCUGACCUUACCAAACUACCUGAUGUGACAGGGGGGCUAGCACCACUUCCUUCAGCUGGUGACCUCUUCUCCUAUUCCACGUAGAUAGCAUGGUGAUUAUAUGAGUUUAUGAGUGGAACAAGUACAAGCCAAGAACUAUCUCAGAUACUAGAUGCCAUAAGAAGUGAUUAUUAUGGAAGUUUUUGUGCUUGUGUCACUGUCUAGAAGACUGCUAUUUGAGAGCUGUAAGCUGGAUGGAGUGUGAUAUCAGAUGCAAAUUCAGUCUUAUAACUUCCACAAAAUUGUUGUGCUUGCUUUUAUGUUUUUAUAGAUAAGGUCUUGAAGAUUCUCACAUUUCCUCUCAGGCAUAAUUUUCUUUUGUGUGUAUGUUUUCAAGUGUUUACUAUUCUGUUAAAAGCUAUUCUGACCCUAGUCCAAUAGAUGUAUAAAACAAACACGCCUUUUUAAUCAGAUGGUGAUUUUGGUCUUCGGGUAACAUGUUUCUAAAACCUAUUUUUGUAUAAGUUUGUGGAUGACUUAGUUUUUCAUGCUAUAUUUUAAGGAAUGGCUAAUUCAUGUUUUUCUCUAGACCUUGUAAACAUAAACAACAUUAAGCUGUAUUCACAAGUAUGGUCACUGCCAAAAAUAUAUAUACUUUUGAAUACAUCACAGUUAUGCAUUUUGAAUAACCUUGUUAGAUUACAAAAAUCUGUACAGAUUGUUCAUCAAAAUGCAAUCUUUCUUCUUCGGUUUAAAGUUAAAAAAAAUCUUCACAUUAUGCAUUAGUAAAUUUUAAGUGGUAAAUUGGUAAUAAUUAUGUGUAGUACACAUAACUAGAGCAGACAGGAACUCUCAAGUCUCAGAAUAAGUAGCAUCUUGACAUUGAAUUGUCAUGUGCAGGAAAAACAAGCAGAAACUUGUUUCCUAAUCAUUUUUAGCUUUGGAGAAUAUAUGCACAUUGAAAGUGUCCCACAUAACAUAAAAUACCUGUUUUACACUAAUCCUGAAAUCAUUUUGGUUUGCCAGCGAAUUACUUGGUUAUUUAAUUAAAUGCAUUUAAAAGGCAUGGAGCAAACAAAAAGUUUAUCCUCUAUUUCUCUCAUUUACCUUCUCUAUUCCUUGCUGUCUAGACGGAAGUUUUUAUACUGUCAAGUUACUAAAUGAUUCUCAGUCCAUGCAAACUCACAAUUUUGUAUAUAUGUGUGUGUGUGCAUAGGUGCAUGUCAGAGACAGUGGAUGGGUUGUAUUCAUGAGUCUUUGUACAUUUCUUUUAAUCAUUAGUUGAUAUUGGACAAUGAAGGAAUUUUCUCCCUUCCACCCAGUAAAACAAAAAAACUGGCAAGAAUUAUAAAUAACUAGAUGGAUUUGAGAUUUCACACCUAAUUUUUUUUUUUUUCACUUUAGAAAGUUAAACAUUUGACAGUUUGCCGUAAAUUUCAGACUAUAAGCCACAGUUUUUUUCCCCACCUUUAAACCCUGCAGUUUAAACAGUGAUGCAGCUUGAGUAUCUUUCAGAUUCUGAUUAAUUUUUCUAUGAGCUCCAUGUUAAAGUGUCAACUGUUAACGUUGUUACAGUGUUAACUAUGCAUUUUAAUUGAAGCAUUCAGAUCAGUUGCACCCUCAUCAUGCCAAAAACAAGACUAAAUGCCUACAAUGCAGCUUUUAAGUUGUAUUUAUUUAUGGAAAAAAGCAGGAUUUUUUUAUUAUUAUUUAUUGAGUGUAGCUUGUAUACAGGUGCACUUAAUAGACCAAAAUUUACGGUAAUGCAGUUUGCUUCUCUGCCCACCUAGUUUCUUGCCUGGGGUCGGGUAUCUGUCAUUUUGUGAAAAUGAAGAGUACAAGAAAAUGGGUUUUCAGAAAAAAAUUUCUUUCAUUAUAGAUGCUUUGGGAUAGUUAUGUUUUAGCACUAACCACCAGUAUCAUUUUGACAUAAACUUUGAUUCAUGCAUGCACUUUGCAUCCAUGCAUGUGUGCAGACUGGUGUGAGAGAUUUUUGUGUGCAUGCGUUGUAUUGUAUUGUUUUGUGUUAACAGUCCUGUCACUUAAAAAUUACUCGAAAAUAUAUAUAAAUGCAAAAAUAAUUAUGUUGAUCACCAUAAAGAGAAUUCACACCUUAUCAA